UGCGAACCUCCUGAAUGUAAUUCUUGUAUUGCAUUGGGGUAAUGUAACCCAGAGCUCUUUCAUCGAAUUAUUCAUUUGUAUCCAAUAAAUUGUUACAAUUUUUGACAUUGAAGAAAACCCUUUCCAGACCUUUUCUUAUUGAACACGCAUGGAAUUGGCUUGAUAUUCUAACAAUUUGGUGACCUCCGACGUGGAAAAGGGGGAGAGGAAGUUAUUGAUCUGUCGUAUUGCAUUGACAUCAUCGGCGCCGAAAAAAUAAGUUGAAAAAGAUGCGGAGUUGAGAGAAAGAAGGGAGAGUGGAAUGAAUCGUGAAGGAGAGUGUGAAGGAUGCAGUGAAGACGCAGAACGGGCCAGAUGUAUGGAUCAGGAACUGGGAGCGGCCACAAAGUCCAUUAAAAAUGUGAGAAGGGAACUGAAACACAAUGAAGAGGUGAUAGCACACAAAACCAGACAACAAACUAAGAAAGUGAAAUUAGCAGAUCACGAAAGUGAGGAAGAAUGGGUUGAGGUGAAAGAGGAUAGCGAAAAAAGAGAUGAUGAAAAUGCAGGAAGUGAGGAGGAAAUAGGUGAAACAUCAGAAAUGGGAAAUUCUCAAAUGGCUCCACUGUCCCUUUUGGGGCAGGUAAUCUCUAAAGCGGAACUGAGACUAUUUGACCAGGAAUCGGGUACACACAAAUUUCAAUCAAGCACUCCUUUUGGCAAUGUGGCAACUGCUUGGGGAGCAGUGAUGAGAAAAAAAUUUCCAGCACCACCUGGUGGGAUACAUAACAUAAAAUUCACCCCUAAGGUAGAUGAAACCCCAGCAGCAUACUUAAUGAGGUGUAAGCAGGAGUGGGAAGCCCAAACUGGGACACAUCCUCAUGCUAACCAACUACAUGAAUGGGUGUUCAGAUCAGCUGUGUUGGAGGGUACUCCAAGCUGUGUUAAAACAGCCCUAAAAGAUAACCCUGACAUACCAGUAAGUGGCUCGGUCACCUGGGAGAGGUACUUAAUUCAUCAUAUGAACAUAGCUAAAAAUAAAGCUGAUGUGAGCCGGUCUGAGUUUGAGGAGUUGAAAAACCUAUUAAUCAAAUUGCAGGUGAAGAAAGACAGACAGAAACUGAUUGAUAAAAGAAAAAAGAAUAAAGAGAAAGGUAAACAGUUGGUGCAGUCACCUGACCCUGAACUAUAUUACAUGGCACCUAUAUAUAACCAACCACCCAAACGCCAACAUCAGGUUAAAGGACCAAAUAGGGGAGGCAUGGGGGGUCAAUGGGGUCCCGGGGUUUACAGUGGGCGUGGGCGUGGAGAGGGCUGUUUCCGGUGUGGGCAGCUAAAUCAUCAGGUCCGCGACUGUUUGGCUCCGGCUCCACCUAGACCCCAAGUGCAAUGCUUCACUUGCAACCAGUGGGGGCACAUUUCAAGGAGAUGUCCCCAAGGACAGAACCCGAAAACCCAGAGAGGGGGUGCACAAAGAGGCCAAGGCUUUGCAACACCACACGCAGGGCUAGCUCCAAACCGUGGUAGACAAAACCCAGGACAGAGUGGGACACAAUAUCAACUUUGGGGAGGACAUGAACUAUACUGAGGAGGCCCACCGGGAGACCCAAGCGUGGCUAAGGUGGAGCCAAUGCUAUCAAUGGAGGUUAACAAAGACUGUCUGAACUUUUUGGUUGACACGGGCGCUACCUAUUCCGCACUGAGUGGCCCUGUCAACCAGGACUUGAUUUCACAAAAAAAAAAA